AUGGUUUUUGAUGCUGCAGGCCUUAAUCAUGAGCAACAAAAUGAAGAGGAGCCUCCAAACAUGGAAGCUUCCAAAUUUUAUGAAAUGUUGAAUUCAGCUCAACAACCAUUGUGGCCAGGAUGUAAAAGUACAUCAGAGUUGUCUGUUGCUCUUACAAUGUUGAGUUUAAAAUCUAAACACAACAUGUCUCAGGCUUGUUUCAAUGAUGUAAUGAAGUUUAUGAAAGAGUCGAGUCACCCAGAGAAUGUCAUUCCUUCUAAUUUUAGGGAAACAAAGAAACUUGUAGCAGGACUCGGUUUAUCAAGUAUAAAAAUAGAUUGUUGCAUUGAUGGUUGUAUGUUGUAUUACAAAGGUGACAGUACCUUAAUAGAAUGCAAAUUUUGCCAAAAGCCUCGAUAUAAAGAACCCCGUGCAUAUAAGAAGAACUCUAAAUAUGUUCCUUACAAGAGAUUGCAUUACUUGCCAUUGAUCCCUAGACUACAAAGACUAUAUGCUUCUGUGAGAUCAGCAAAACACAUGAGGUGGCACUAUGAAAAUCGUAGGGAAGAAGGUGUGUUGUGUCAUCCUUCAGAUGGGAAAGCUUGGAAACACUUUGAUCAACUAUAUCCUGAAUUUGCCUCAGAACCCCGAAAUGUUAGACUUGGCCUGUGUGCUGAUGGAUUCACUCCUUUUAACCAAUCGGGAAAAACAUAUUCUUGUUGGCCAAUAAUUGUCACACCAUAUAACCUUCCUCCAGAGCUAUGUAUGAUGACACCUUAUAUGUUUUUGACUUUGAUCAUUCCAGGUCCACAUAAUCCAAAAGGUAAAAUUGAUGUGUUUUUGCAGCCAUUGAUAGAUGAAUUGCAACAAUUAUGGAAUGAUGGUGUAAUAACAUAUGAUGCUUCAAGAAAGCAAAAUUUUAAAUUGAGAGCUGCACUGAUGUGGACAAUAAAUGAUUUUCCAGCCUAUGGGAUGUUGUCUGGGUGGAGUACUGCUGGAAAAUUUGCAUGUCCAAUAUGCAUGAAAAAGACAAAAGCUUUCAGACUGGAUAAUGGAAAUAAAAUAUCUUGGUUUGAUUGUCAUCGUCAGUUUUUACCUCAUAAUCAUGCUUUUAGGAGAAAUAAGGAUGCAUUUUACAAAAAUAGGAUUGAGAAAGAUGAUCCACCUUCUAGGUUAAGUGGCGAACAAGUGUGGCAAAUGGUUUAUGGCAUCCCUAAAACAACUGAAGUAAGGAUAUGCAAUGUUCCAGGUCAUGGAAGAUCCCAUAAUUGGACCAAAAGAAGCAUAUUUUGGGAUUUGCCAUAUUGGAAACACAAUUUAUUAAGACAUAAUCUUGAUGUUAUGCAUAUAGAAAAAAAUGUCUUUGAAAAUGUGUUUCAUACUGUUAUGGACACCAAAGAGAAAACUAAAGAUAAUGAAAAUGCACGGUUGGACUUACCAGAGCAUUGUCAUAGAAAGGAGUUAUUUUUGAAAAUAAAUUCUAAUGGGAACUAUAUAAAGCCUAAAGCCAAAUUUUGUUUAUCAAAGGAGCAAAAGAAUGACGUGUGUGAAUGGGUGAAGAGGUUGAAAAUGCCUGAUGGUUAUGCUUCCAAUAUUGCUAGAUGUGUGGAUACAAAUUCUACAAAAUUUUUUGGGAUGAAAAGUCAUGAUUGUCACAUAUUUAUGGAAUGUCUACUUCCAAUAGCUUUGAGAGCUCUUCCUGAACCAAUAUGGAAGCCUUUAACAGAAGUCAGCCAAUUCUUUAGAGACUUGUGUUCAACAAUAUUACAUGAAGAUCAUUUAUUGCAAAUGGAACAAAAUAUUCCUGUAAUAUUGUGCAAGUUAGAGCGUAUAUUUCCGCCUGCAUUCUUUGACUCUAUGGAGCACCUACCAAUUCAUUUGCCUUGUGAAGCUAUGUUGGGGGGACCAGUUCAAUAUCGUUGGAUGUAUCCAUUUGAAAGGUAA